UGCGCAUGCGCAGUCGUGACCUGAAACAUGGCGACAGAGAGCUGUGAAAAGUGCUAAAUUCUGUCUGCAUUUCUACAAAAUCGCGAAGGUUUGGAGUGAGAUCAUCUGCGCUGGUCUCUUCAGUAUUUCUCAGUAGUUCUUGUUGCCAAUGUUCAACAUGGGCCGAACUACACUAAAAGAUCAGAAAGACAGUAGGAAAGAAAAACCAGGCAGGAGUAUGUCUCUCACAGGUCCUGGACCAGUCAAAGUGACGGAGUCUUUCUCAUGGGAAGAGUAUUUAAAGGAGACGUCAUCCGUUCCCGCCCCUCCCGGCUGUUUUAGACAGUCUCGGAUUCCUCCGUCUAAUGACUUCAAGGCCGGUAUGAAGUUGGAAGCUCGAGACCCUCGUAAUUCCACCUCCACCUGCAUCGCCACGGUGAUGGGCAUGAUGGGUGUGAGACUCCGCCUACGUCUGGAUGGCAGUGACAACACCAAUGACUUCUGGCAAUUGGUUGACUCCUCCGACAUCCAGCCAAUCGGAACCUGUGAGAAAAAUGGAGACAUGUUGCAACCACCAUUGGGUUUUAGGAUGAAUGCCUCAUCGUGGCCUAUGUUUCUCUUGAGGACUCUGAACGGAGCCGAAAUGGCACCUGUUACAGCAUUUAAAAAGGAGCCUCUGAGGCCCCCUCAGAACGGUUUCAAGCCCGGGAUGAAGUUGGAGGCAGUAGACAAAAAGAAUCCGUACCUGAUUUGUCCGGCAACCAUUGGCGAGGUGAAGGGCGAGGAAGUGUUCAUCAUGUUUGAUGGCUGGAGGGGCGCGUUUGAUUACUGGUGUCGCUACGACUCCCGGGACAUCUUCCCAGUGGGCUGGUGCGGAGUCACUAAACACAGCCUACAAGCGCCCGGCAACAGCAUCACCAUUCCAAAACCUCUUCCUGCACCAUCCUCCUCCUCAAACUCCAAACCAAUACGGCGCUCCAUGCCGCCUCCAUACCGGCUGCCGACACCUCUUCCCCAGCUCCCUGUGAGGAAGGGCAUCAGGGGGCGUCGACCGAAGAGCGAGACCAUUGCGCUGCUGAAAGCGCUGGCAGCUUCCACCGCUUCCCAGGAUGCAGAAGCACCAGAGAGUGCCGCACCUCAAACCACGCCAGUCUCUGAGCUCACACCACGGCCGUAUAAGAAGAGGGGACCCAAACCUGGCAGCAAGAGAAAGCCCAGAUUUCUCCAGAGCCCCAUGUCUAUAGCAGCGACUUCAGAAUCCAGAGUGCCCACGACACAGAUGCCCAGCGAUGGGCACUCUCCUCUGGGCUCCCCCUCAUCUGUGGUUUCAACCGUGUGUGUUUAUGUGAACAAACACGGGAACUGCGGGCCUCAUCUGGACCGUAAGCAAGUUCAAAGGCUGCCGGAUCAUUUCGGACCAGAGGCCGUGAAUCUGGUUCUGCAGCAGACGGUCCAGGCAUGUCUAGACUGUGCAUACCAGCCCAAAGUGCUUCUGGGAUGCCUGCAGAGUCAAUGUGGCGGCGGAGAGGUGGUCAGAGUCCGAACAGAUGGCGGGACGCGGUUGGUGAAGCUUCCGUCUGCGUCCAGUGCCGCGUUCGUGUUGCGUUUUCUGGAGCUGGUGUGUCGACACCUGCAGUGUGAUAAUCUGUUCAGCAGUCAACCGUUCAGUCCACACAACACAUACGACCGUGCUAAAUCAGUUAAAGAGGAGCUGUUGUCAGAAUCGUCGUCUCUGAACAGAGGUGUGAAACGGAUCUCCAGAGAUUCUCCUCCGUAUUGCGCUCCUCUCUCCCCAAAACUCCUUCACACAGACACACACCCAUCAGAAGCGGAGACUCUUCCUCCCGAGGAGAAUGGCUUACUGAAGGAACAGCGCUUCAUGGACUCCGCCUCCAACUCAAUGACGCCCCGCCCACAGACCUCGAGAAGCACCUCAGACUAUCCGUCGCCACUCAACAGCCCGUAUUACCAUGGCAACGGCCCACCCCUGCGACGACAGGCCUCCAACCCCCCCACACAGACACACAGACGAGUGGAGGCAGCCAGCUCUACCACAGGUCCUGAGGCUGCGGCAGUUCGUGACACUCCCAGAACCCCCGGUCGGAGUCCCUCGUCCUGGUCUAUAGAGGAAGUGAUGCAGUUUGUGCGAGACGCUGAUCCAACAGCUCUGGCUCCACACGCAGAUCUCUUCCGAAAACAUGAGAUAGAUGGGAAAGCUCUGAUGUUACUGCGGAGUGACAUGGUGAUGAAGUACAUGGGGCUGAAACUCGGACCGGCGCUCAAACUCUGUCAUCACAUCGAGAGACUGAAACAAGGCAAACAGUGAAGACG